AUGGCCACGCCCCUCCCUGGAGGCUCGACCUCUCGCUCUGCCAAGGUCACUCCACCAGUCACCGAAUUAAAGCCCAUUGAAGAUCUGCUUCCAGAGCUGCUCCUCAGGCCGGAGCACCUGGAAGACCCGGGAGUGGAGAAGCAGACGGGACACGCCCCCUGGACCACAGCAGCACCUCAGACCUCUGAAACUGUGGCUCAACCUGAGGCUGAGGAGCCAACGGCAGCCCAGCGCUCCAACCACUCGGUCGGUCGACCUUCCUCAGCCGGAGCAGAAGACGGGAGUCAGAGGCAGAAGGUCCAGGUCAGCAGGCCCCAGACGGACCACAGCAUCCAGCGGACCACAGAGGCCCCUUUCCCCUUCUUCUCAGACGACGACUGCCCCCCCGACUGCUCCUGCUACGGACGGGUAGAAAAGAACUCCAUGAUCUCACGGUGUGUGAGCCACAAACUGCAUGCUGAAAUUCCCACCGCUGUCUCAGACACUGAAAGCACCAUCACUCACGUUUCAUCCUUGACGCUGAAUGAUUUAAGGUUUUUUUUCUUCAGAUUCAUUUUUUUUGUGCUGGUCCCCGACAGCAUCCCGUCCAACUCCCGCUACAUCCUCCUGAUGAACAACCACAUCCAGGGCAUCCAGCUGGACCUCCUGAAGCACCUCUCCUCUCUGGAGUUCCUGCUGCUCAGCAACAACCGCCUGACCGACGGCGCCAUCGCAGGACGGGAACUUCCUGGCCAGCGUCCCGGCAGGUCUCCCGGUCUGGAGGAGCUGCGUCUGGAGGGUAACCAGCUGAGGGCCGUGUCAGAAGCCGCCUGGACACGGUGCCCCGGGCUGCUGGUCCUGAGCCUCAGCAACAACAGUCUGGGGGGCGGCUCAGGCUCCCUGCCCGAGGCCGUCCUCCGUCCUCUGACCCACCUGCGGACACUGAACCUGGACCACAACCGACUCUCCUCCGUGCCUCUGGGUCUGCCGCUCUCCCUCAAGGAGCUGUACCUGAAGGGGAACCUGAUACGGGAGUUCCGGGACGGCGUCUUCGGGGGGGUUUCCCAGCUGGUCUUGCUGGACCUGAGCUCCAACAGGCUGACCAACAAAGGUCUGCCAAGGGAGGCGCUCCUCAACGGCACCCACCUGGGGAGCCUGAACCAGGAGGGAAACCGGCUCAAGCAGGUCCCGCCACACCUCCCGCAGUCCCUGAAGACCUUGAACCUGGAGGGAAACCUCAUCUGGUCCGUGGGCAGAAGGUCUCUCAGCCGCCUGACGCAGCUGGAGCUGUGCCACAACCGCCUGCGGCAGGUUCCUCGGCAGCUGCCUCCCGGCCUGCGCUCACUGGCGCUCACCCACAACCAGAUCCACAGCGUGUCCCCCGACGCCUUCUGCUGGGGCCAGGUGGCUCUGAGCGGCCUGCUCCAGGUCCGGCUGGAGCACAACCUCAGCCACAUGGGCCGGCUGGACUCCCGGGCCUUCAGGUGCUUGAGGGGCCCGCAGAUCCUGCGCUUCUACUGAACUCUGGACCACAGAGCCGGGAUGGGCGCCCCCUGCUGAGCUCUGAGAAUGAAGUUCUGCCAGGUCCCUGUGACAGGUUCACAUGUGAUUUGACUGACUUUCUCUGCUUUUCUUGAAACAUUGAUGUGGCCCUUCACAUAUUUAUGCAUUUUCAUGUGACUCAAACACGUCUGGACACAGUAUCUGCUGUUUGUUUACAACUGUCACAUGAGAGU